GGACCACGAAGCCGUCGACAUCGAGCGUGUGUGUGCGUGCGCCCGCGUACGGAUGCGUGCGUCUUCCGGCCCCGACGUGUCAUUUAAACGCGGACCUGCUCGACCGAUCGGCGUUCGUCUUCGACGUGUCACGUGCAUCGUUUGUGACAGCGACAUGACUCGGAGCGGUUGAGGCUCUCGCGUGGUUGACGUUACCUGGUGACAACUUCAGUGAAGCUUCUCUCUCGAUUUCAACAUGGUGUACCACUGGCAGAGUCAAAAUGUCAAAAUUUCCGGAGUGGACGAUAUGGUCCUCCUGCCGAAGGUCAACGAGGAUGCCAUCAUCGAGAAUCUCAGAAAGAGAUACCUGGACGAUUACAUAUUUACGUGCAUCGGACCCGUAUUGGUAUCGGUUAAUCCUUUCAAGCAGAUGCCAUACUUCGGAGAGAAAGAAGUGGAGAUAUACCAAGGCGCGGCGCCGUACGAGAAUCCACCGCACGUCUAUGGGCUGGCGGACGAGAUGUACAGAAAUAUGCUGAUCGACAACGAAAGUCAUUGCGUCAUUAUUAGUGGUGAAUCGGGCGCUGGAAAAACGGUUGCGGCCAAAUACAUCAUGUCUUACGUAGCGAGGGUGAGCGGUGGAGGCAAGAAGGUACAGAGAGUGAAGGACGUGAUCUUGGAAUCGAAUCCGCUUUUGGAGGCUUUCGGCAACGCGAAGACAGUGAGGAACAAUAACAGCAGCAGAUUCGGAAAAUACGUUGAGAUGCAAUUCGGGGCGGGCGGUCAGCCGAACGGCGGUAAAAUUUCCAAUUUUCUUCUGGAAAAGUCGAGAGUGACUUGCCACAAUCCCGGCGAGCGGAACUUUCACAUAUUUUAUCAGUUGGCGACGGGUGCUAAUCAGGAAAUGAAAACAGAAUUUGGAUUGACGGACCUCGAUUAUUAUCAAUAUCUGAGUUAUGGCGGUAAUUAUAAGGUGGACGGCACAAACGACGCGCGGGAUUUUCAGGAAACGCUCAAAGCGUUGAGUGUUAUGGGAAUAAAGGACCCACAAGUGAUGGAUAUAUUCAGACUGGUAGCUGGAAUUCUUCAUGUGGGAAAUAUACAGUUUACCGAGAACGGCAAUUAUUCGCAGAUAGCCAAUAAACAAUUUCUCGAGUAUCCAGCCUAUCUCUUUGGAAUUUCGGCAGAGCAGCUGUCUCACAAAUUGAUCUCUCGAGAAUUCGAGUCUAAAUGGGGAAGUCAAUCUGAAAGUGUGGACGUUACGUUGAAUGUGGAACAGGCGCUUUAUGCGAGGGAUGCUUUGGCAAAGGAUAUCUAUGCUAGGCUUUUCGACUACUUGGUUAAGAAAGUCAAUUCAGCCAUGGAGACAAACACGGACGGAUACGAGAUCGGAAUUUUGGACAUAUAUGGCUUCGAGAUUUUUGAGAAAAACGGCUUCGAGCAAUUCUGCAUAAAUUUCGUGAAUGAGAAAUUACAGCAGAUUUUCAUUGAACUCACACUAAAGGCGGAACAGGAAGAAUACGUUUCCGAGAACAUCAGGUGGACGCCAAUAGACUAUUUCAAUAAUGCCAUCGUGGUGGAGCUUCUCGAGGGCAAGAGGCCACCCGGCCUCUUCCUGGUCCUCGACGACGUGUGUGCGACGUUGCACGGCGGAAGCACGGGUGCCGACGAUGACUUGAAGAAGAAACUGGCGGGAGCAACCAAGCAGCACGCCCACUUCCAAGACACCAGCGACGGUUUCGCAAUUCUCCAUUACGCCGGCGUGGUAUCCUACUCUGUCGAUGGGUUCUGCGAUAAGAAUCGGGACGUCCUCUUCUUGGACCUGAUCGAGCUGAUGCAAACCAGCACGAGUUCCUUGGUGUGUGAGCUUUAUCCGCGAGAGAACGCCGGCAAAACGAAAACCCUCAAGUCCAGGCCAACCACCGCGGGCAGUAAAAUCAGAAAUCAAGCCAGUCGCUUGGUCGGCCAGCUGAUGAAAUGCACGCCGCAUUACAUUCGGUGCAUCAAGCCGAAUGAAACGAAGAAACCGCGCGAUUGGGAUCAUCUGAGAGUCAAGCAUCAGGUGGAGUAUCUAGGUUUGAAGGAAAAUAUCAGAGUGCGCAGAGCUGGCUUUGCCUACAGGAGGCCGUUCGCCAAGUUUCUGCAUAGAUACGCGAUUCUCACGAAAGAAACGUGGCCUCGUUGGCCCGGCGAUGAGAAACAAGGCAUAGAAUGGAUAUUGGGAAGCAUUCAUAUCGAUCGAUCACAAUAUCAGCUCGGCAGAUCGAAGCUCUUUAUCAAGGCGCCUGAAACCCUCUUCAUGCUGGAGGAAGCGCGUGACCGGAAGUACAACAUAUAUGCGCGAGUCAUUCAGAAAGCCUUCAAGAAGUACUUUGCCUGGAAGAGACAGGCGCAGCAGAAACAGGAAGCCGCUGAUCUUCUCUUCGGCCACAAAGAGCGAAGACGGGCGAGCCUAAACAGAAAUUUCGUAGGCGAUUAUAUAGGGCUGGACAGCAAGCCGCAGAUGAUGAGUUUAAUCGGAAGACGGGAGAAAGUAUUCUUCGCCGAAGUCGUGAAAAAAUAUGACAGGAGAUUCAAGAUGUGCAGAAGAGAUCUCGUCCUCACCGGGAAAUGCCUCUAUUUGAUUGGCCGUGAGCAGAUAAAGAAAGGCCCCGAAAAGGGCACGUCCAUCCAAGUUAUUAAAAGGAAGCUUCAAUUUAAUCAAAUCAGCCACGUAUCAUUAAGCAAGCUACAAGACAAUUUCAUAAUAAUUCACGUAAAAGAGGACUACGCCAGCUUGUUAGAAUCAGUAUUCAAGACGGAGUUUUUGUCCGUUCUGAGUAAAAAGUAUCUAGAAGACACCGGCCAUCUUUUAAACGUCAGGUUUAGCAACGACUUGGAGUUUAAAGUGAAGAAGGAAGGUUGGGGCGGUGGUGGAACGAGGCAUGUGAAGUUUAUACAAACGAUUUACGGCGAUAAGGAUAUUUUAAAAAUAUCCGGCAAAAUGCUCAGUGUCAGCAUCGGUCAAGGUUUACCGAGCACAUCGAAGCCUAAUGCGGACCGACGGAUGUCAUCCGCUCGUUUGCACAACGUCUCGAGACAGAGUCGUCCAGCACCGCGAUUGUGCGACUUAACUCCAGUCCUCGUAGCUCAGAAUAAUCAGACGAUUGUAACCGGGCGACCUCCUCGUCCGGUAGCAGCUGCAAGAUCUGUGACUUCUUCACGAACGACUUCAAACGGAAGACCAAAUAUUCCACCUAAUCGUCCAAAUGUACAACCUGCGUGUUGUAUGCCUGCAUGUUGUAUGCAGUUUCAAAUGGAAUCGAACAACGUAAACAAGCUACGGAACCAGCAGACCGCCGUAAUGGGCAUGCUUAUCAAUCCCAAUGCUGGACCGCGUGGUUUGCUCAAGUUUCCGCCACCACCCACGGAACCACCGCCGCCGCACGAGCCUCAAGGGUUCAAGUUACCACCCCUUAACGGUGACCAUAAUAGUAAGAUUUCUGAUCAUUUCAAUAAAGGAAUGCAAACGUCACAAGAAUGGAGUGCGAAUCAAAUGACCAACGCGCUGGAUCGAGAAAGGAGGAAGGAAGAUAGCGCCGCGUAUGCGGUAGCUAACAGAAGGGUGCCUCCUCAGAAACCGGCGCCUCCGAAAUUACCAAAAGUUAGAGCCUUAUACGACUACGAGCCGCAAGAUCUGGAUGAAUUAGGGCUCAAGGAAGGCGAUAUUGUGGAAGUAUUCAAAGAACAUGAAGGUGGUUGGUGGCACGGAAGACUGAAGGGAAAGACUGGUCUUUUCCCUUCCAACUACGUAGAAAAGAUAUGAAUUCUGUAACCAAUAGCGAAUCGAAAAAUUCCAUUGACAUUGCAUGAAACCGGAAAUGUAACUCUGAUAAGUACAUUGUACCUGUUAUUUACAGUUUUCAUGUUCCAUAAUAUACCUAUUGUUAUACGCGAGUCUUUAAAUAAUAGCAACAAGUUCAUCAAUACCAAAGCCAAGAAAAAUCAAAGAAUUCACAAUUGAAAGAAGGCGCGAUAAUAAUUUUGUGAAGAUGUUCAUUUCAGCAAAGCUGGUGAAAAACCCAAUACACAAUAUAAUAGUAGUUGUGGGAUUAUUGUAUUAUCGUUCAAACCUAAAUGUCCAAAGAAACUUUUCUCAUAAUUCAAUGAUUAGUCUGGUAAACUUUGUCUGAUGAAGUAUUUCCGUGAUGAGAUUUAAGAGCCAAUAUGUCCGUAAGAUACAUUGCCUCUAUUGUUAACUAGUGUACGAUAUAGAUAUGUAAUCUGUUUAUCUUUUCGUAAUGUACAGCGCGAUUGAUAUUUAUAUAGUCAACACAUUGUCACGAUUACCAACGCGACGGUGACCAGCAGUCAUUACACGAAUCACACGAGCGUGUAACGACACAUGGUGUAUAUAGCAUCACUGCCAUCACACAAAUACAUGCUAAUAAAAUCGUAUUAUCUCGACAA